GAGCUUGUUCCUUUCUAACUUAAGGUGUCCACCCUACCUAAUAUAGGUUGGGCUGACUAACCGUGCUGACUAACUAAUGGGUACCGACCAAUGGCUAACUAACGUACCUACGUAGUACCAGGUAGUAUCUCACCAGCUAAGGUAUUGGCAACUCGCAAUCAAAAGUAAAAAUGGGCCACCAGUGAUGGAGAGUAAGAACUCAGAGAAUACACACCCACUAAACGGCCGACUCCGAAUUCCUGCUCUGUGAGACUCCCACUUUCUGGUGACCGAAACAGGGGGUGCCCGUCAUCCCGAAACCGAGAUCUUGCUGGAGCUGUAAUUCUGCCAGCGCGAAGCCGUUCCGGCUGCCAUUUCCUCACACUACUGUACGAUCACAAGUCCCGACUACCUCUGUCAACUAUGGCAUCGAUUGCGCGACCUUCUCUGCUGCGGCAGACUGCGCUGGCGGCUCGUUGCGUCCGAAACAACGCCAUCAAGACUUCUUCGGCUUUCCACACCUCGACCCAGCGCUCUGCCUUUCUGCCUCCCGGACCUCAGCGAAUUGAGGGCACAGUCAACGACCCCGUCCCCAUUCCCAACCCCAGCGCCUCCCACGGCUCCUACCACUGGACCUUUGAGCGCCUCCUCGCCGCCGGCCUCGUGCCCCUCUCUAUUGCUCCCUUCGCCGCCGGCUCUCUUAACCCCACCACCGACGCUAUCCUAUGCUCCGCCGUCCUCCUGCACUCUCACAUUGGCUUCCAGUCCGUUAUUAUCGACUAUAUCCCCAAGACCCGCUACUCCGGCCUGCGAAAGAUCUUCUGGUGGGGCCUAAAUCUGGCGACUGUUACCGUUGGAGUGGGAUUGUAUAAGUUUGAGACUAACGAUAUUGGUGUUACCGAGGCUAUUCAGAAGAUCUGGAAAGCAUAAAGAAUAGUAAUGCUUAAAGAGGGAGGGGGAGGGACUUCUAUAAUACCUUGCUGAUUGGGAAUAAGAAAUUUAACCCUAAAUCUUUUAGGCUGCUGGUAGUUAUAACUGUAAGGGAUACUAUCUUAUUGAAGGUGCUAAGGCAGGAUUUUCAUACCUAUUCCCGCAGUAAUCAAUUUUGGCCC